AUGGGUGAGCCGGACGAGGAUCACUUUGAGGCUGCGGCCGAGCAAUUGACGCUGGCCAUCGCCGCCGGCAACAGCGUUCCCGAUGACGAGCUCUUGGCACUGUAUGGCCUGUACAAGCAGGGGAGCGUGGGGCCAUGCACCACCUGUAAACCUGGAUUUCUCGAUAUAAAGGGGCGCAAAAAAUGGGGAGCCUGGCAUGCGCUGGGCGAGCUUGACACCGCCACAGCGCGAGACCGGUAUGUGAUCAAGGUCCGCGAAUUGCUGGGAGGCCCUGCGGAAGGCGAGCAGGCCGCCACGUACAUAGACGCCUCGCCGUCCGUGAGUGUCCCCACCAACGAGGUGCAGCUGCCCGAAGACGACGAGGCGCUCAAGUUGCUCCUGGAUCAUGGCGCCAAUGUGAAUGCUGGAGAUGGCGAGGGCUUGACCCCCCUGCACUACGCAGCGCUGGCAUCUAAGCGGGAGGCUUACCAAGCACUCCUUGCGGCAGGCGCAGACGAGGCGGCAAGGAGUCGGGACGGCGAAACGGCACAGGACCUCGCGCCCAAGGCCUGGAGCCUGCAGCCAGCCUGA